AUGAGAGUAGGCCAGAAGGGUCAUCGAGACAGCCACGGUGAUGUGAUCCGGCCCCUGCGGAAGCAGGUGGAGCUGCUCUUCAACACAAGAUACGGUGAGCAGGGGCCGGACAGCAGCGGUGUCUUCGCAGCCAAGGCCAUCGGCAUCUCGGAGCCCGUCAAGGUGCCCUACUCCAAGUUCCUGAUGUACCCAGAGGAGCUGUUUGUGGUGGGGCUGCCUGAAGGCAUCUCCCUCCGCAGGCCCAACUGCUUUGGGAUUGCCAGGCUCCGGAAGAUCCUGGAGGCCAGCAACAGCAUCCAGUUUGUCAUUAAGAGGCCUGAGCUGCUCACUGAAGGAGUCAAAGAGCCCAUCACGGACAGCCAAGAUAGGGAUUCCGGGGACCCUUUUGUGGACGAGAGCCUGAAGAGACAGGGCUUUCAAGCUGAGAAACAGAAGCAGGCCAGGGCAGGCUCUGAGGGGGCGGCCCCCCUCCCAUCGGUGCAGACUCUCCCGGAUCGACAUCGCCAACACCAUCCCCUGAGGGAGCAAGUGCAGGAUCUGUUCAAUAAGAAAUACGGGGAAGCCUUGGGCAUCAAGUACCCCGUCCAGGUCCCCUACAAACACAUCAAGAGUAACCCCGGCUCAGUAAUCAUUGAGGGGCUACCCCCAGGCAUUCCAUUCCAAAAACCCUGUACCUUUGGCUCCCAAAACCUGGAGAGAAUCCUCGCAGUGGCUGACAAGAUCAAGUUCACAGUCACCAGGCCUUUCCAGGGACUCAUCCCAAAGCCUGAUGAAGAUGAUGCCAACAGACUCGGGGAGAAGGUGAUCCUCCGGGAGCAGGUGAAGGAGCUCUUCAAUGAGAAAUACGGUGAGGCCCUGGGCCUGAACCGGCCAGUGCUGCUCCCUUACAAACUGAUCUGGGACAGCCCAGAUGCCGUCAAGGUCAUGGACCUGCCUGAUGACAUCCCUUUCCGGAACCCCAACACGUACGACAUCCACCAGCUAGAGAAGAUCCUGAAGGCCCGGGAGCAUGUCCGGAUGGUCAUCAUCAACCAGCUGCAACCUUUUGCAGAAAUCUGCAAUGACGCCAUGGUGCCAGCCAAAGACAGCAGCAUCCCCAAGCGCAAGAGAAAGCGUGUCUCCGAAGGAAACUCGGUCUCCUCUUCCUCCUCGUCUUCCUCUUCCUCAUCCUCCAACCCAGAGUCCAUGGCCUCCACCAACCAGAUCUCACUCGUGCAAUGGCCAAUGUACAUGGUGGACUAUGCCGGCCUGAACGUGCAGCUGCCGGGACCUCUGAAUUACUAGACCUCAGUGCUGAAUCAGGACCUCAUUCAGAAAGACUAAAGGAAAUGUAAUUUAUGUACAAAGUGUAUAUUCGGAUAUGUAUUGAUGCCUUUUAGUUUUUCCAAUGAUUUUUACACUAUAUUCCUGCCACC